AUGAGACAGGCCGGAGACUCCGCCGCCGACGACGACGACGCCGACGACCUGCGCACGGUCGUCGCCGCGCUGCGCACCGAGCUGCACGACACCAGGGCGCACUGCGAUCGCCUCGACGCCGAGAAGGUGGCGCUGGCGUCGCGCGGGGCUCCGCUCUACGACGCGGGGAUGGCUGAAGAGUUGAUCUCUCAGCGAGACAAGAUGGCGACCACCGAGCACGCCUACUCCCUGCUGCUAGGCGAGAAUGCGUCGAUGAGACGCGAGAUCAGUGCUCUGCAGGUGGAGAUAGACGAAAUGCAGGACCAGUUUCGCGAAGAGGAGGCUGAGGAGUUCCGUGAGACUCAGCGCGAGCUGGAGAUGGCAGCAAAGAACUGUCGCAUCUUACAGUACAAGCUGCGCAAGGCAGAGAAGCGUAACGAGACUGCCGAAGCAGACCGGCAACACUUCGAGGAGCGGUUACGGGAGUUGGAGGAGAAGUCUUCGAGCACGGAGGAGGAGCAGAGAGCGAUACGGGAGCUAGAGGAGGAGCUGAUCGUUGCUAAGGAGGUGUCGGUGCGGCUGCAUGAUGAGCUAGAGGCGAGCGAGGAGCGGAGAGGACGCACGGAGGAAGACUACGAACAGCUACAGCGGCAGCUCGCCGACGCCGUACAGGAGAAGCAGAGACUGCAGACACACGUCGCCAGAGUGUCGGGCAAGG